AUGCCGCCUCCUGUGCCUGUUGCAAUGACCUCCAAACCCGGUGCUACCAUUGUUGUGAGCAAUGCGGAGCUCCUCGCGACGGGGGUAUCACAUGAUAAGGCGAAGCGACUAAGUGUACAAGAGUGGAUGAUCAAUAAGUCGAGAGCCUCAGCAUCAAGUCAAAUGAGCAACGGCGUGCGACAUUAUCAGCAGCAGCAGUCGCACCCACAAGCGACCGAGUUUCAGAUGGCAGAUCCGCCAGUCUUCAGUGAUGACCGCUUUGGGGCAGGUGCUUGCGCCAACAACACCUUCACAUCACAUAUGACCGCAAAGGAAGAAGAGCAGUAUCUCGACUUCACCGAGCAGUUCCGAGAUGAACUUGACGACGACCACAUUCCCAAUGCGGGUGGCAACAAUGGAGUGAAAGCUGGAGGUAACAACAACACCGACGACAAAUUCCAUGCCCGAGUAACUCGCUGGAAGUCUCAGAAGGAUGCUGAUCGAGAGCAAAUGAAGCAGCAGCUACUACAGUCAGAACUAGACGAAUGCACGUUUGCUCCCAAGAUCAAUCCGAAGUCUACCAAAGUUGCUGCAAAGCUACGUGGACGACAGUCAUCUAGUCAAGGCCUCAGUGUCCUGCAAGCUGUCUCUGAGCGACUAUACCAGGAAGCAGAUAACUACAGGCUUCGAGAAGAGCUAGCAACGAAGCUGAAAGCCGACGAGGAAGCAGAGAUCGACCGUCAGUGCACGUUUAGGCCAAAGAUUAAUCCAAGUGACAAAGUCAAGGCAAAGUACAUGAAGUCCAAACCAACUUCUUCUUCGUCGCUGACAGCAGCAUCACGUGAAGCCGCUGCGAAGGAGCUGGCUGAAUGCACGUUCUAUCCUAAAGUCAACGGAAUUCGAUCCGAGAUGGUCUCUGCCCAACUUUACUUGCAACAAAAUAUUUACGAGCGUCUGAGCAAGCCUUGUUGUGACGCAGACGAUACGAAAUCCCCGGCUAAAAGCCGCAGUGGGAGAAGAAGGAGCUUAUCUUUGUUUGGUGACGACGACGAAGAUAGGGACAUGCUGGAUGUAACCUCCUGCCAAGACGACAUUUCCGUUCGGCCAGGCGGCAAAAGUCGACGUCGAUUGUCAUCAAGUGCGCGACGCGGACAAGGACCGCGCUCUGUGGACGGUGAUGAGCAGACCCAGGAGAGCAAAGAGGAGCGUGCCCGACAGUUCAGGAACUUCAUUGAGCGACAGAAGUUUCACGAACAAGCUCGCCACAAGCGGAUUGAGCUAACCAAGCAGCAACUUACACCUGAUUACAAGCCGACUAUCAAUAAGAAGUCUCUUGCCUUGAUGGGAAAUGGUCGCAAGGGUGACUUUUUAGAACGAAUUUCUUCGUAUGCGUUGCGUAAAGAGCAUGACAACGUCAAGAAGAAGACUGUUCGAUCGACGGACCCGAAUUGCACGUUUAAGCCGGCGAUCAAUCAGGCUAGUACCAAGCGAAAACCUCGAUCCAUCACCGAACUCAGUCGCGGUGACUUGCUGCGACGAGAGACGACGCAGCGGCUGAUGAAGCUGAAGAUGGAGCAAGAGGACAUGGCAGCGUUGACCUUCCGGCCACAGCUGAACCGCGUGUCGGACCGUUACGAAGGUCGACUAAAGAUUCUCUCGAGCCCCGACACGUAUCUGCAGCGUAUUCAGCAGCAGAGCCAGGCACAUACCAUAAAGCAGCGCCGAGCUAUCCAAGAGAAGGAAAUUGGGGAGUUCGCCGAGUGUACGUUCAAGCCGCGCACGAUCGAAGCUCCAGCAUAUGUGCAACGCAUCGCGAGAAGCGUAUCACUAACCAAGGCGCUGCGUGCGCAGCAACAAGCUGUAGCCCGAGCGAAGGAGAAGCCCGAGUGGAAGUAG